UAGUAAUGUCUUUCGCAAUGGUUUCUCUCCUUGACCUUUGCCUGUGUGGAUUUGCGAUCUGUUGUGCAUAUUACUUCUUCUGGUCCGGCCGUCAUGCACCCCUUCCUCCUGGCCCCAGAGGACUACCAGUGGCGGGAAACAUCCUGGACAUGCCCGCUAAGCAUCCUUGGAGAGUCUUCGCUGGAUGGGUCCAACGUUUCGGGAACAUCAUAUCUCUCAAAGUCCUCGGACAAACGAUGAUAGUUGUGAACUCUCCGCAGGUAGCCAUCGAUAUGCUUGAGAGGAAGAGCACGAUCUAUUCAGACCGCCCCACUCUAAUUAUGGCCCACGAAUUGGUGGGCUGGAGAGACAUACUGGCGGGCUUGUCUCUUAGCGACAGGUUUCGCAAAUACCGUCGCCUAAUGCACAGUGCAGUCGGCACACGGGGAAGCACGGAGCAGUUUAAUCCCAUUGAAGAGCAGGAGAUGCGGUGCUUUCUUGCAAAAACUCUUUCCGACCCGGGAAACUUUGCAGCUCACGCUCGCAGGAUGGCCGGUGCUGUAAUUCUGCAGAUUACGUAUGGAUACAAGGUGCAAACUGACAAUGAUCCGAUGGUGCGUGUCGUCGAUAACGCCAUGGACCACUUCUCGGAACUGGUGGUUCCCGGCGCAUACUUGGUUGAUACCCUGCCGAUAUUGAGGUUCCUUCCCAGCUGGUUCCCGGGUGCGCAAUUCAAGAGGAACGCUAAAGCUUAUGCUGCUACCUUGAAAGACAUGGUUAAUCUCCCAUUCAACUUCACUCGCAAACAGAUGGCGGAAGGAACCGCGCCUCCUUCGUUCGUUUCCAAUCAAUUAGAAGCGGGGGACCCAAACGAAGAGGACAUCAUCCGAUGGGCUGCCGCAUCCUUAUAUGCAGGUGGUGCGGAUACGACCGUGUCUGCUAUUUGUUCAUUCUAUCUGGCUAUGGCGCUAUACCCCGAAGUCCAGAAGAAGGCCCAGGCAGAGAUUGAUGAGGUGGUCGGCUCAGAGCGGCUACCAUCCUUCGCUGACAGGGACCGAUUGCCUUACGUCGAGGCAUUGAUCAAGGAAGUCUUACGAUGGAAUCCUGUGGCUCCCCUAGGUGUCCCUCACCGCCUGCGAGAGGAUGAUAUUCAUGAAGGGUACCUCAUACCGAAGGAUUCGAUAAUAAUACCUAAUAUUUGGUGGUUCCUGCAUGACCCUGAAAGAUAUGCGAAUCCCGCAGAAUUCAAACCAGAGAGAUACUUGAAAGCGGACGACCACGAUCCCGAGCCAGACCCUCAGAACUACUGUUUCGGAUUCGGUCGCAGAGUUUGUCCAGGCAUCAAACUGGCAGACAGUUCCUUGUUCAUAGCCUGUGUCAUGUCGCUAGCUGUGUUCGACAUCUCCAAAGCGCGCGAUGAUGCAGGCAAUGUCAUUGAGCCGAUUGUCGACUAUAGUACCGACAUUGUUAGUCAUCCCACGCCGUUUGCAUGCUACAUCAAACCUCGCUCGCCCAGAGCCGAAACUAUGAUCCACGGAAUACAAUGA